CUCUGUUUUGGGUUUUUGUUUUCUGGUUGCUUGAAACUUGUAGAAACUUUUCAGGUACUACCCAUUUCUUUCAACAGCUGUUUACCAAAGCCUUUGCCUGAAACUGUAACUGUUAGAAGCAUUUAUGGAAAGGUUUGGAAAUUGGUGUUGAGGAAAUGUGGUAGUGAAGUUGAGAGCUUUGUUAUGGUUAAUGGUUGGAAGAGCUUUGUGAAGGACGAAGAUUUGAAGGGAGGAGAUUUCUUGGAGUUUGAGUUUGAUGGCUCUCGGCUCUUCAAUUUCUGUAUCUACGAGCAUGGGACAUUGUGUAAAAGGAUAAGAAGAAGCUCAGAGCAAAGCGAGGAGAUCAAAAUGGAAUCUGAUAGUGAUGAAAAAAAUCAGGCUAGUGGUGACGUUCUAUCUCUUGAUGAGGAUGAUGAUGAUUCUGAUUAUAACUGUGCUGAAGACAAUGAUAGUGAUGAAGAUGAUGUCGAGAAAGAUGAUAAUGAUGGUGAUGACUAUGUUGUUGAUAAUGAUGUUGAUGAUGUUCCUGUUGAAGAUGAUGAUGAUGUUGAGGCUUUUGAUUCUCAUGCUGAGGCUGAUGAUGAUGAUGACGAUGAAAGACAGUAUCUGGAUGAUCGCGAGAACCCGUCUUUUACUCUGACCCUUAAUCCGAAGAAGAAAAGCCAACUGCUCAUCCCAGCUCGGGUUAUCAAAGACUAUGACUUGCACUUCCCUGAGAGUAUCACUCUCGUCGAUCCACUUGUCAACAAAUUUGGGACAUUGGAGAAAAAGAUCAAGAUUCAGACGAAUGGCAGUGUGUUUGUCAAGGGAUUUGGCAGUAUCAUCAGAAGGAAUCAAGUGAAGACAACGGAUAAGAUGAUGUGUGAGAUCAAGAAGACUGGUGAUAAUAACCUGGUUCAAACAAUCAAGAUUCACAUUAUCAGUGGAUGAUCAUUCAUAUAUAUCUAUCUUCAGUGACUAUUGUGUUGUAUUGAGUU